AUGACGAUUCAUCAAGUGGACAACCCUCCCGUCGCCGGCACCGAGUCCGGCGGCCCCAAGACUGCGCCGCCGCUCUACGUCCCGGAACGCAAGUUCGAGUACAACAUCGUCCCCGGCUUCUUCCUGCAGGACAACGGCGACAAGAAUGUCGAGUUCGAGACGGAUAUUCGCGAUAAGAGCUUCGGCAUGCUCGACCAGAGUCCGGAACGCUGGGCCAACUUCCAACGUCGUGUCGAGGAGCUGCAGGCGACAGCGCCGCCAGGCGUGCAGUACAAGGUCUUCUUCCUCGGACGACACGGACAGGGCUGGCACAACUUCUGCAGCGACAAGUACGGCGUUGAGCAGAAAUGGGAGUCCGAGAUGGCAUUCGUCAACGGCGACGGCGAGUUCACGUGGGGUCCGGAUCCCUCUUUGACACCGCUGGGUCACGACCAGACUAAGGCCGUCGGCGCGGCGUGGAAGCGUGAGGCAGCCGCCGGAGCGCCAGUCGACAAGAUCCGAUUCUUCACCUCGCCGCUGCAGAGGACGUGUCAGACCAUGAUCAACUCGUGGGGCGACAUGCUCGGCCCGCCGGAGACUUGGGAGGACUUUAGGGAGAUUUACGGCUCGCACACGUGCGACAAGCGCUCGCCGGCACGAACGAUCCGCGAACGCUUCCCCAUGGUCAAGAUCGAGCCCGGGUUUACAGAGGAGGACGAGCUCUGGCUCCCGGACGACCGAGAGACGGACGCACACAUGCAGCUCCGCGCGCGCAGAUACAUGGACCGCAUUUUCGCGGGCGAGGCACCUGAGACUUACAUUUCCAUCACCGGUCACGGCGCCAUCUUCCGUAACCUUCUCGUUGUGCUGGGCCACAAGCCGUGGCCGCUGAGCACGGGCGAGAUGAUUCCGGUGGUGGUUAAGGCGACGCGUAACUCGCAAACCAACGGAGACCUCAAGAACUGA